AUGGCGCAACAAGAAACCGAAAGGCGUCCAAGUAAAUCCAUAAAUGAUGAUAAACCAUUUGUUGGAAAGAAAAAAACCAAGGCCGAAUUAGAACAAGAAGCCUAUAUGGCUCGGCAAUAUGCUAUCGUUAUUGGUGAACUGAAAGCUGCUGAAGCAAGAAAUCGAAUUCGAGCAACUCGUCUUCGUUUUGCUAAAUCUCAGCGUGAUGAAAUUGAUCAAAUAAUUGCCUUUCAGCCAAAUGCAUUAAGUGCACUUCGUUUUGAAGCAUUUAUGUCAAAUAUACCAUCAUUACAAAAAGAAAAAGUAUCUUCAUCAUUACAAUCAUCACCACGUACAACAAGUGCAUUAGCAAGUGGACAAACAAAAGAUUCUUUAACACAAAUUGAACGACGUAGAGUUCAAAAUCUACUACUUGAUGAUAAAAAUUUAUUAGUUGAUAGAACCGGUUAA